AUGCAAAUAUCAUCUAAUGAACGUUGCAAACAAAACUAUAAAAAACAUCAUGAACAUAGACGAUGUCGAAAAAAAUAUCGACCAAUUUCACUUUCAACAAUUACAGAAAAUUAUGCUGUCAAUUCUUUCCCAAGAUCCACUAUGAUCGAUGAUAGAUGGACUGUUGAGAAGGAAAUGCUACCUAAUGGUGAAGGGAGUAGUUGCAAGUGUAAGAAUUGUACGCUUGGCAGAAUCAUGAUUACUACCUCAAAUUUUAAGCCAUCAUUAUUUUCUGGACAUCCUGAAUAUCACAGUACACCUGUAUAA